AUGUCACAAUUAGAUAGAGAAGAACCGUCUCAUUUUGGCGCUGGUCCAGCACAGAUGCCUACUAACGUCCUUAAGCAAGCCGCAUUGGAUUUGUUGAAUUAUCAAAAUAUGGGUCUUGGUAUUGGUGAAAUUUCACACAGAUCCAAGGAAGCUGUAGCAUUGAUUAAUGAAACGAAGGAAAAUUUAAUUAAGUUAUUGGAAAUUCCUGGCACUCAUGAUGUGUUUUUCUUGCAAGGUGGUGGUACUACCGGUUUUUCAUCAAUUGCUACAAAUUUGAAUCAAGCUUACAUUGCUAGACAUGGUAAAGUGGGUAAAGCUGGAUACCUUGUCACUGGGUCAUGGUCACAAAAGGCGUAUGAGGAAGCUAAGAGACUAAGAAUACAAAGUGAGGUUAUAUUUGACGCUAGAAAUUUUUCACAAGAUGGUAAAUUCGGAAUAAUCCCUAAUGAGAAAGAAUGGAGUAAUAAGAUUGAAUCUUUGAAGGAUGAUUUAUCAUACGUCUACCUUUGUGAGAAUGAAACCGUUCAUGGUAUCGAAUGGGGUCCAGAAUUACCAAAAUGUCUUUCAGAUGUUGAAGUGGUCGCUGAUUUGUCCAGUGACAUCUUAUCGAGGAAAAUUGACGUUUCCAGAUACGGCGUUAUUAUGGCAGGUGCACAGAAAAAUAUUGGUUUGGCUGGGUUAACAUUAUACAUCAUUAAGAAAUCUCUAUUGUCAGAUAUUGAGAAAUUCAACAAGGAAUUUGCUGGGAAAUUUGAAGACAAUGUUCAUGUUCCAGUGACACCAAUUGCUUUUGAAUUCCCUACUGCUGUGAAAAACAAUUCCUCAUACAAUACUAUUCCUAUUUUCACUUUACAUGUAAUGAACUUAGUCUUCAGGAAUUUAAUUGCAAAGGGCGGUAUCGAACAACAACAAAUUGAAAAUGAAGAGAAAGCAGAAUUACUCUAUAGGACACUGGACAGUUUCCCUGAAUUUUAUAACAUUCCAGUUGAUAAAUCCUGCAGAUCAAAGAUGAAUGUUGUUUUUACUAUAAAGAAAGAUGGACUAGAUGAUUUAUUCAUUGAAGGAGCCAAGAAAUUGAAAUUAACUGGAUUAAAGGGACAUCGUUCAGUAGGUGGAUUCAGAGCGUCAAUUUAUAAUGCAUUAUCGUUGGAAGCUGUUACAAAAUUGGCAGAUUUUGUUGAAGAUUUUGCAAAGAAAAAUAUGUAA